AUGGCGGCUCUGGUGCUGGUGCUGCUGGCGGUGCUGGGCGGGUUGACCGUGCUGCCGGGCGUGCGGUGCACGGCGCCGCUGGCCGGCCUGCGCUCGCAGAUCUCGGGCGUGGAGUCGCUGCUGGAAGAGUUCCGCCGGCAGCUGCAGCAGGAGGAGCCGGGACCGUCGCCGGCGGGAGGCGACGACGGCGGGGAAAGGUGCGGCAGUAGCAGCGGCUUCUCCGCCAGACCUGACUCCAUCAUCCGCACCAAGGACUCCAUCGCUGCCGGCGCCGCCUUCCUGCGGGCCCCCGCCGGCGUCUCGGGCUGGCGGCAGUGCCUGGACGCCUGCUGCGCCGAGCCGCGCUGCACGCUGGCCGUGGUGCAGGAGUCCGCCCGGCCGCGGGGGGUGGCGGCGGAGCUGGGCUGCUACCUCUUCAACUGCACCUACCGCGGCCGCCCCGUCUGCCGCUUCGCUCCGCACCGCGGGUACAGCACCUACAGCCGCCGGCCCGCCGGCAUCCUCCAGCCGCCGGAGGAAGAAGAAUACGAUGAGCCUCCACAGUGCAAGGCAGGGCAAGAUAUUGUGCUGCAGUCACCUGUGGACUGGGUGCUUUUGGAUGGCCGGGAAAGCUCGGAUGACCAUGGAAUUGUGCAGUAUGAGUGGACAUUGUUGCAAGGUGACUCAUCGGUUGAAAUGAAGGUACCACAACCAGGAACACUUAAACUGUCUCAAGUCCAGGAAGGCAGGUAUAUUUUCCAGCUAACUGUGACAGACACUGCAGGUCAGCAUAGCUCUGACAAUGUUUCUGUGACCGUUCUGCCCAUGGUUCAUUCUGCAGCCUGUGUCGGGGUUUGCUCUCGCUACCAGUUCAUCUGUGAUGAUGGCUGCUGCAUUGACAUCACAUUUGCUUGUGAUGGGAUAAGACAGUGCCCUGAUGGAUCAGAUGAAACUUUCUGCCAGAACCUGAGCCCAGGCCGGAAGACAGUGACUCACAUGACCCUUGGUACUACCCAGCAAAGGACUGUAGGACUGACAGAAAACACAGAUGAAAACUCUGCAGAAAACACCCUGAAAGCCACUGCCAGAAAUCAACCAGUUCUUUCAGUGGAUGUAGACGUGUCUAAUCAAUCGCUUUCUCAGGGACCAAAGAAACAAAUCAGUGGAUUUGUGCCAGAUAGCAGUUCCUCAGGGAAAAGAGCAGAUGACAAAAAUGGGAAUGACUUAAUUGUGCCAAAGAGAGAUCAGUUUGGAGGUGGUCGUCCAGUCCCAGAAGCAGGUGCUGUGUUACCCUUAGCCUUAGGCUUGGCCAUCACUGCUUUACUGCUGCUUAUGGUUGCUUGCAGACUACGUUUAGUGAGACAGAAGCUUAAAAAAGCUCGACCCAUUACAUCUGAAGAGUCUGAUUACCUCAUCAAUGGGAUGUAUCUCUAA